GGACUUACAAAAAUGUGAUAUAAGGUGUAAUCUGUAGUUUAACCAAUGGCUACCCAUGUGACCUCUGUUCAGGAAGAAGAUUCGAGUACAUCUAUGGAAGACGUAAUAGUAAUCGUGCAGGAUACAUUGAGCCCCUCGGCGUGUCCUCCCCGUGGCGUGCCCGCCAGGCUGUUCCGGAAGUCGCGUGUCGACGUGGUUGGAAGGCCGUGGGUGGUUUCCCCCCCCACUUUCUUAGAUGUUGCCCUGCUACGGGCACAACCAACACACCUAAAAAUCACCGCUGUAACGUUAACUGGUUACCCUAACGAACCUCCUCCGAUUGGUCGAUCCCUUCUGCAACACAACUUGAACACACAAACGUUAGGCUAAAACCACCCCCGGAGUUCUAUUCUCUUUUCUCCCUCAUGCUCUGUUGUGAUAGCUCUUCAGAGCCGCGAGGAUAACGCUAGUGCACACAACACUUUUCAAAUCUCCAAAAUUCUCCUGCCUUUACCUACACCCAUCAACCCACCCACCACAUCAACCCAAGCAAAACACAGUUUCCCACUUUACUUAUUUCCAAAAUCAACGGAUUUUUUACUCGGAUAGCGCAGUUCUUAUCGGAGACUAGUGUAUUUUUGUGGCUGAUGGAAUGAAACUAGUGAAAUUCCAGUGCAUUACUGGACUGGUGAUUAGAAAAAAAAAUAGCGGAGAACGAGUCUCGACCCCGGACGAUACCCACCAGUGAAAUACGUGUGAUCCAAAUAGGAGUGAUUGGUCUCAGUGUUGAAAAGCAAUUUAUAAUCACAAGAGUACAAUUAAUCAUAGGCUGUGACUGCUUGAAAACCAUUUGAUUAAUUGAGAUUGAUGUAGUGAUGUAAACAAAUUGACUUGAGAGAUGACACAGGUUUACGAUGAGCUCGAACGCUAAGAAAGGUGGUAAGGAUGAUAAGAAAAAUGCAUCGAGCAAGGAAGAGAGUCCGAGUGGAAAGGAGGACCCGGGAUCAGCAUCAGCUGGGAGUAAUGGUCUGCCAAGUGCUGAGCCAUCACAGCCUGGAAGUAAGCCUGGCUCUGCUGGGGCAACCGCCAGAGAAGCUGCUCAACGUCUACUGGGAUUGGCCAGCCGGGGUGAAUGGGCACCGGUUGACCAGUUGCUCAAGACGCUGGAGAAGGCGGUCCAGAGUGCUGGAGAUGAUGGCAAUCCUGUGCCAUUGGCGGGUGUCAUGGAUCCAGUCAGUAUUACAGGAAUAAGUCGGGACAGAAUGACAGAGCUGGACAAUUACAAUGCCCUGCACAUAUCCGCGAUGUACUCCAGGGAAGAUGUCGUCAAAUUGCUCCUUUCGAAGAGAGGAGUGGAUCCUUAUGCCACCGGGGGUAGAGGGAAAAUUCCUCUGCUGUUGGCUGUGGAGGCGGGAAAUCAGUCGAUGUGUCGAGAACUAUUGGCUCAACAGGCACCAGAGCAACUUCGAGCAACAACACCAGCUGGAGACACAGCCCUCCAUCUGGCUGCUAGAAGACGCGAUGUUGAUAUGGUCAGGAUUCUUGUUGAUUACGGAGCAGCAGUUGAUAUGCAAAACGGAGAGGGCCAGACGCCUCUGCACAUCGCGAGUGCCGAGGGUGAUGAGACCCUGGUGAAAUAUUUCUACGGAGUUCGUGCAUCGGCUUCGAUCACAGAUUGCCAGGAUCGGACACCUAUGCAUCUGGCAGCUGAAAACGGACACGCAACGGUCAUUGAACUUCUAGCUGAUAAAUUUAAAGCCAGUAUUUUUGAGAGAACCAAGGACGGCUCCACCCUGAUGCACAUCGCCUCGUUAAAUGGCCACUCCGAGUGUGCCACAAUGUUGUUUAAGAAGGGGGUGUACUUGCACAUGCCAAAUAAACGAGGUGCAAGAUCCAUUCAUACAGCUGCGAGGUAUGGCCACGUGGGAAUCAUCAGUACUCUGUUGCAGAGGGGAGAAGAGAACGGGGAGACUCCCCUGCACCUAGCCUGCAGAAACUGCAAGUCGGAGGUGGUGCGUAAGCUGAUAGAAUUCGUGAAGGAUAAAUUGGGCGCUCAAACAGCAACAUCUUAUAUAAACAGUCUGACAAACGAAGGAGCAUCUGCGCUGCACUACGCAGCACAGAUAGAUCCAAAAACGGUGAGAGAACCGGGCGACGAUCGAGCUGUGGUGCGGGCGCUGCUAGAAGGUGGUGCAGACGUGUCUCUGGUGACCCGUCAGGGCCAGGAGUCAGCGUUCCACCAAUGCGCAGCAGCUGGCAACAACGAAGUUCUCUCGGAGAUGAUAAGCUACCUAUCAGUAACAGAAGUGCAAAAAGCCCUCAAUAAACAGAGCGCAGUUGGCUGGACGCCGCUGCUGAUAGCCGCGCAUCGUGGACACGAGGAGUUGGUUAAAAAUCUCUUGGCGAAUCAUGCUAGGGUUGACGUGUUUGAUCUAGAAGGUAGAUCAGCACUGCACCUGGCCGCCGAGCGAGGCUACAGAGGUGUCUGCGAUGCCCUGCUAGGCAGCAAGGCCUUCAUCAACUCAAAAUCAAGAGUGGGCAGGACAGCGUUGCACUUGGCAUCGAUGAACGGUUACGCCGAUCUCGUCAGAUUUCUCGUUCAGGAUCAUUCAGCAGCUAUUGAUGUGUUGACCCUGAAGAAACAGACACCCCUGCACCUGGCAGCUAGCUCGGGGCAGAUGAAGGUGUGCGAAACACUUUUGGAACUCGGUGCAAGCAUCGACGCGACUGAUGAACAAGGGCAGAAGCCCAUUCAUGCCGCUGCUAUGAACAAUUACUCAGAUGUUGCUCAGCUUUUUUUGCGCACCCAUCCGAGUCUCGUCAUGGCAUGCACCAAAGAUGGAAACAGCUGCGCUCAUAUCGCUGCCAUGCAGGGCAGUGUUAAGGUCAUUGAGGAGCUCAUGAAGUUUGAUAGACAGGGCGUGAUUUCGGCGAGGAACAAGUUGACUGAAGCAACACCACUUCAACUCGCUGCUGAAGGAGGACAUGCUGAGGUCGUCAAGGCACUCGUCAGGGCAGGGGCUUCGUGCGCGGAUGAAAAUCGCGCUGGUUUCACAGCUGUUCAUCUUGCUGCUCAGCAUGGACAUGGACAGGUACUCGAGGUCAUGCGCUCCUCUCAGUCACUCAGAAUAUCCAGUAAAAAACUCGGCGUUACUGCACUUCAUGUCGCUGCCUAUUUCGGCCAAGCUGAUACCGUACGAGAGCUGCUGACGCACGUUCCUGGAACCGUUAAGUCAGAUCCUCCAGCGGGGAAUUCCCUUGUUGGAGAACUAGGCAGUGAAUCCGGUAUGACGCCACUGCAUCUGGCCGCUUAUUCCGGAAAUGAGAAUGUCGUGAGACUGUUGCUGAACUCUGCUGGAGUCCAGGUGGAAGCAGCGACGACGGAAAACGGUUACAACCCUCUUCACCUGGCGUGCUUCGGUGGUCACAUAACAGUCGUCGGUCUCCUCCUAAGUAGAUCAGCGGAACUGCUUCACAGUUCCGAUCGUAGUGGCAAAACUGGGUUACACAUAGCUGCAACUCAUGGCCAUCACCAAAUGGUGGAGGUGCUGCUGGGUCAGGGUGCUGAGAUUAAUGCCACAGACAAGAAUGGGUGGACUCCGCUGCAUUGCGCAGCGAGGGCUGGACAUCUGGAUGUGGUCCAACUCCUGGUGGAAAGUGGAGCAUCACCAAAAAGCGAAACCAAUUUGGGAUGCGUACCUAUCUGGUUCGCUGCAUCUGAGGGCCAUAACAAUGUUCUUAAGUAUCUCAUGGAAAAGGAGCACGACACUUAUGCUCUUAUGGAAGACAAACGAUUUGUCUACAGUUUGAUGGUCUGCAGCAAAAGCCACAACAACAAAUCAAUUGAGGAGUUCGUGCUGGUGUCCCCAGCGCCAGUGGACGCAGCUGCAAAGCUCUCGAACAUUUACAUAAAGCUCUCGGAAAAGGAGAAAGAACGAGCGAAGGAUCUGAUAGCAGCAGGAAAGCAGUGCGAGAGCAUGGCAACAGAGCUUUUAGCACUGGCAGCAGGUGCAGACUCAGCAGGAAGAAUUCUCACAGCGAUGGAUCGACGAAAUGUGGAAUUUCUGGACGUUCUGAUCGAGAACGAACAGAAGGAGGUGAUCGCCCACACAGUGGUCCAGAGAUAUCUCCACGAGUUGUGGCGAGGCAGUCUGAAUUGGAGUGCCUUUCGAUCAAUGUUAUUGUGGUUUACAAUGGUCUUCUGCCCACCCGUUUGGGCUGUCUUUGCACUGCCCCUUGGACAUAAGUACAACAACAUACCAAUCGUCAAAUUCAUGUCGUACCUGACCUCCCACGCGUACUUAAUGAUAUUCCUAUCUUUAGUCGCUAUAACACCCCCCUAUCCAGUUAUGAGAAAUAAUCUGAUGCCCUACAGCUAUGAGUGGUGCUUGCUUGUUAUGCUGUCGGGAUUAUUACUCUUUGAACUGACAAAUCCCAGUGACAAAAGUGGUCUAGGAUGGAUUAAACUCGCUGUACUACUUUUCUCCAUAUGCGGUGUUGCAUUUCAUCUCGUUGCCUGGCGUUUCUUUCCAAAAGAUCUCUGGCCAACUCUCCUCUACCUCCGCAAUCAGCUCUUCGCACUGAGUUUUCUACUGGCAUGCGUUCAAAUACUGGAUUUUUUGUCCUUUCAUCAUCUGUUUGGACCCUGGGCUAUCAUCAUUGGAAAUCUUAUGAAGGAUCUUGCGAGGUUUCUCGCUGUAUUAGCCAUCUUCGUGUUUGGAUUCUCCAUGCACUUUGUGGCGCUGAAUCAGGCUUUUAAGGACAACACUUACAAGAAGGAUCAACUCUUUGCUGACAAUUUAUUGGCGAAUGAUACUGAGUGGAUGGGACCAACGCCAAUGGUAACCCGUCAUCGCUCCGGCCGCUACAAGAAAAAGAAUGAUUGUUGUGACGAUAGUGCCCGAGAUAUUAAGAUGAAUCCAUUACUUGCAUUUGAAUAUCUCUUCUUCGCUGUGUUUGGACAAACAACACACAGCGAACUCAAAGUUGAGACUGGACAACCUGAAUGGACGUCGGCCCUUUUCAAAUUGACCUUUGGCGUUUACAUGCUGGUGUCGGUUGUUGUAUUGAUUAAUCUACUCAUUGCCAUGAUGAGUGAUACCUAUCAGAGAAUUCAAGCGCAGUCUGACAUCGAGUGGAAGUAUGGACUUAGUAAGCUCAUACGAAAUAUGCACAGGACCACAACAGCCCCAUCGCCGUUGAAUCUCUUGACAACUUGGAUGGUUUAUUUCAUAAAAUCCUGCAAGCAGCGAGCGAUGAAGAAGAAACGUCCAUCAUUAGUCCACAUGAUGGGCUUACAACGGACAGGUCAGUUAUCCCCGCGAUCUAAAAUGGGCGCAAAGUGGCUGUCAAAAGUGAAAAAAGGUCAGAUUCGUCCGAAAGACAGCCUGGGGCACACGGGAAAUGUUCACUUGAGUCCCCUCGGCAGUCAAUUAUCCUUCAACACUGCAUUGAGGAUUGAGAGUGUAGUGGAUUGGGAUGCAAUUAGCAAGAAAUAUCUCAUUCUCACUGGUAACGAGCCAGAGAAAGAGCUUGAGAAGGAGGAGAAUCAGGACGAGAUGGUGACGGAGGAGGAAAAUGGCUUCGGUAGUUCAUCGACGCCUAUACCAACUUCAUCAACUCCCCCUAUUUAAUUGUUGUCAGUUUGUAGAGAUGUGAUAAUAAAGGAGAGAGGGUGAAAGUUA